AUGGCAUUCUCCCAUGGCCUUCAGCUGCUGCUGGUUCUGGCUCAGCUCUUCUUCGCCUGUUCUUGUACCAAGGUACCACAAAGCCUGGCCUCACACAUCGCCAACAUGCUGGCAAUCCAAACCGCACAGGCGGUCCCAGUGUACUCCAAGGCAUCCCUCUUCCGCCGCUUCACCAAACGAGACUCACCGCUCGUCAUCUCAAGUCCCAUCAUGGCCGCACAAUCGCCGCCCGCGUCGCCUCUCUCAGCAUCACCGCCCUCACCUCGCAAAUUCCGCCGCUCGCUCCCCCGCAUCUCGGAGACCGCGCCCACACUGCCCCCCUUCAAGCCAACCCACACCCGCGUCGACUCCGGGACGUUUGCCGACCUGCCCAUCUCGCUGGAAUUCUCACGGCCCUCAACACCGCCCCGCAGCCACUCCAGCCAAUCCAGCCGCUCCAGCUCCAGCUCCAGCUCCAGCACAUCCAGCACCAGCACAUCCAGCACAUCCACCGCGCGCAGCCCGUCCCCGUACCGCGCGUCGCGCACACAGCACCCACACCCGCCCUUCCCCCACCCCACCCUCAUAACCCCAACCACCAUCUUCCUCCCGCCACUGCACAUCGCCGCACUCUACGCCGGCUGCACACCCUCAGCCUCCGCACCCUGGUUCAUCUACUCCGAAGGUCCCGACGCAAGCGGCAAGCUCAAAGUCCACUUCCACCGCGCGCGCACCGGGGUCAAGGUUGCGGAGCUGUUCGUGGUGGUGGAUUUGAGGGGCGAGGGGGCGGGGAUGGGCGUCGGUGUUCGGUGGGACGGGGUGUGGGGGGUGCAGGCUGAGGAGGUAGUUAGAGGGGCGUGUUGGGAGGGGUUGGGGGUUUGGCUUGAGGGGGGGUGUUGA